CGCUGAAGCCAGCAGCUCCUGCGCCCGUUCCGCUGCCAGCCGAGCUGACCAUACGGGAAGGCGGAGAGGAAGAAAGAGCAGGGAAGCAUAUGCGGGGCUGUAGCACAGACAGCCGCAGCAGCAGCAAGUCAGUAAGUCAGACUGCACCAUUUUCUUCUCACCCUGCAUAAAGGCGAUGUGAGGAGCUGAAAGGAGCUGCCCCCUCCCCCAGCUGGGGGUUAUGCUGAAGUGGAUCCUUCCUUCUAGUCAGAGGACGCAGCCUGUCUGGAGGAGUCCCAGAAGACCUUUCCAAUUUGGUGAUGUGUGUUUAAAGGCCGUUUUCCUUUAUUUCUUUCUUUUUUUUCCUAAGCCUGAAGCUUGUCUUUGCUUGCAGUCACAGCCAAGCUGAAGAGGUUUCAGCCUGCUACCAGAUAUUUGCUAGCUGCUCUUGGAUUGUGAGUGUGUGUCUGCGAGCACUUUCCCACGUUGCAUGCGUGGACGUUGCUCUGAUUUGGAGCAUGCUGAAGUUGUGCUGAAUUAUGGGUGCUGCAGAGGCUGGAGCCGAGCCGUGACCUUCUCUGGGCAUCAGAGGAGCCGGGGUGGAUUGCCCAGCAAAGUUCUGGCUGGUGGCCAGCACCCUUGCAGAAAAAAUAAACCACUUGGAUAUCCGAGUGUGGUGGAAACGGCUUCCUUGGAGCUGGUGUUUCCUUCUCCAACAUGGCUCAUGCAGCCGCUUCCAUUAAAAAAGUUCGAGAGUCUGAACUUGAAGAGAGGGAGAGAAACCUUGAGAAGGAGAGGAAAAAGCAGCGGAAAAUCUCUAGGGCAGAUCGGAAACGCAAGUCUGACAGCAAUGCAAGCUUUCUCCGAGCUGCAAGAGCUGGCAAUCUGGACAAAGUAGUGGAAUACCUGAAAAGUGGAAUAGACAUUAACACAUGUAAUCAGAAUGGACUCAAUGCUCUGCACCUGGCUGCUAAAGAAGGGCACGUGGGACUGGUACAAGAAUUACUGGAAAGAGGGUCAGCUGUGGAUUCUGCCACUAAGAAAGGGAAUACAGCCCUGCACAUUGCAUCCUUAGCAGGACAGGCCGAAGUUGUCAAAGUUCUGGUUAAGGAAGGAGCCAAUAUCAAUGCACAGUCUCAGAAUGGCUUCACUCCUUUAUAUAUGGCAGCUCAAGAGAAUCAUAUUGAAGUGGUGAAAUAUCUCCUGGAAAAUGGAGCUAACCAAAGCACAGCUACUGAGGAUGGCUUCACUCCAUUAGCUGUUGCACUGCAGCAAGGGCACAAUCAGGCAGUGGCCAUCCUCCUGGAAAAUGACACCAAGGGCAAAGUGAGAUUACCAGCUCUGCAUAUUGCCGCUAGAAAAGAUGAUACCAAAUCAGCAGCGCUCUUGCUUCAGAAUGACCAUAAUGCCGAUGUGCAGUCCAAGAUGAUGGUGAAUAGGACGACUGAGAGCGGCUUUACACCUUUGCACAUAGCUGCACACUAUGGAAAUGUCAAUGUGGCAACACUUCUGCUAAACCGAGGAGCUGCAGUUGAUUUCACAGCCAGGAAUGGAAUCACCCCACUGCAUGUGGCUUCCAAAAGGGGAAACACAAACAUGGUGAAGCUCUUGUUGGAUCGCGGAGGGCAGAUCGAUGCCAAAACCAGGGAUGGACUCACCCCACUUCACUGUGCUGCGAGAAGUGGACAUGACCAAGUUGUGGAGCUGCUUCUGGAACGAGGUGCCCCACUGCUUGCGAGGACCAAGAAUGGACUCUCUCCGCUUCACAUGGCGGCCCAGGGUGACCAUGUGGAAUGUGUCAAACAUCUACUGCAGCACAAAGCUCCUGUUGAUGACGUCACGCUAGAUUACCUGACUGCCCUCCAUGUGGCCGCACACUGCGGCCACUAUCGUGUCACCAAACUCCUUCUGGACAAGAGAGCAAAUCCCAAUGCUCGUGCCCUGAAUGGUUUUACUCCACUGCACAUUGCCUGCAAGAAAAAUCGCAUCAAAGUCAUGGAACUCCUGGUGAAAUAUGGGGCUUCAAUCCAGGCUAUAACAGAGUCGGGCCUCACACCAAUACAUGUGGCUGCAUUUAUGGGCCACUUGAACAUAGUCCUCCUUCUGCUGCAGAACGGAGCCUCUCCCGAUGUCACUAACAUUCGCGGAGAGACUGCACUACACAUGGCAGCGCGUGCUGGGCAGGUGGAAGUAGUUCGCUGUCUCCUGAGAAACGGGGCCCUGGUUGAUGCCCGAGCCAGGGAAGAACAGACUCCACUGCACAUUGCCUCUCGCUUGGGUAAAACAGAGAUCGUCCAACUUCUGCUACAGCACAUGGCCCACCCUGAUGCUGCAACAACUAACGGAUACACUCCACUGCACAUUUCUGCCAGAGAGGGACAAGUUGAUGUUGCAUCAGUUCUUUUAGAGGCAGGUGCCUCACACUCCAUGUCCACCAAAAAGGGAUUCACGCCUUUGCAUGUGGCAGCCAAAUAUGGAAGCCUGGAAGUGGCGAAGCUGCUUUUGCAACGCCGUGCCUCUCCCGAUGCAGCUGGCAAGAACGGCCUCGCCCCGCUCCACGUCGCGGCGCACUACGACAACCAGAAGGUGGCGCUGCUGCUGCUCGAGAGGGGCGCCUCCCCGCACGUCACCGCCAAGAAUGGAUACACCCCUCUGCAUAUUGCUGCCAAGAAGAAUCAGAUGCAGAUAGCUACCACUCUAUUGAACUAUGGAGCUGAGACCAACAUUUUGACCAAACAGGGAGUGACCCCGCUUCAUUUGGCCUCCCAAGAAGGUCACACUGACAUGGUGACCUUGCUUUUGGAGAAAGGAUCUAAUAUCCAUGUGGCAACAAAGACUGGACUGACAUCUUUACACCUCGCAGCUCAAGAGGAUAAGGUGAAUGUAGCUGAAAUACUGACAAAACAUGGUGCAAACCAAGAUGCUCAGACAAAGCUGGGUUAUACACCUUUAAUUGUGGCAUGUCACUAUGGAAACAUCAAAAUGGUGAAUUUCCUUCUCAAGCAGGGAGCGAACGUUAAUGCUAAAACGAAGAAUGGAUACACCCCUCUCCACCAAGCUGCUCAACAAGGCCACACUCACAUCAUCAACGUUCUUCUCCAGCAUGGGGCCAAGCCCAAUGCCAUCACCACUAAUGGUAACACUGCCUUAGCUAUCGCAAGGCGUCUGGGAUACAUCUCAGUGGUCGAUACGCUGAAGGUUGUAACGGAGGAGAUUACUACCACCACAACUACUGUAACAGAGAAGCACAAGCUAAAUGUGCCUGAAACAAUGACUGAGGUCCUGGAUGUUUCAGAUGAGGAAGGUGAUGACACAAUGACAGGAGAUGGAGGAGAGUACCUUAGGCCAGAAGACCUCAAAGAACUAGGAGAUGACUCUUUACCAAGCAGCCAGUUCCUAGAUGGUAUGAACUACCUGAGGUACAGCUUGGAAGGAGGACGAUCUGACAGCCUGCGAUCCUUCAGUUCAGACAGGUCCCACACACUGAGCCAUGCCUCCUACCUGAGGGACAGUGCCAUGAUUGAUGAUACAGUGGUAAUCCCCAGCCAGCAGGUAGCAACUCUGGCCAAAGAAGCUGAAAGGAAUUCAUAUCGGUUAAGCUGGGGCCCUGAAAACUUGGACAACGUGGCUCUCUCUUCCAGCCCUAUUCAUUCAGGCUGCCUGUCUGCAAAAAAGGAGACUGGAUCCAUGCUAACAAGCUUCCUAGUUAGUUUCAUGGUGGAUGCUCGUGGGGGUGCCAUGAGAGGAUGCAGACACAAUGGACUGCGAAUCAUUAUUCCUCCGCGGAAAUGCACUGCUCCAACGCGAGUGACUUGCCGGUUGGUCAAACGCCACCGACUGGCCACGAUGCCUCCCAUGGUGGAAGGAGAAGGUCUGGCCAGUCGCCUCAUCGAAGUUGGACCUUCUGGUGCUCAGUUUCUUGGUAAACUUCAUCUGCCUACGGCUCCUCCCCCACUUAAUGAGGGAGAAAGCUUGGUCAGCCGAAUCCUUCAGCUGGGGCCUCCUGGGACCAAAUUUCUUGGGCCUGUGAUUGUGGAGAUUCCCCAUUUUGCUGCUCUGCGUGGGAAAGAGAGAGAGCUGGUGAUCCUGCGCAGUGAGAAUGGGGACAGCUGGAAGGAGCAUUUCUGUGAAUACACUGAGGAUGAACUGAAUGAAAUUUUGAAUGGGAUGGAUGAAGUACUUGACACUCCAGAGGAGCUUGAGAAGAAGCGUAUCUGCCGCAUUAUCACACGGGAUUUCCCGCAGUACUUUGCAGUGGUGUCUCGGAUCAAACAGGACAGCAACCUUAUUGGACCUGAGGGAGGUGUGCUGAGCAGCACUGUUGUACCACAAGUGCAGGCAGUCUUCCCAGAAGGGGCUCUAACUAAGCGAAUUCGUGUUGGCCUCCAGGCCCAACCUAUGCAUACUGAACUUAUAAAGAAGAUUUUAGGCAACAAGGCUACCUUCAGUCCUAUAGUCACGCUGGAGCCCAGGAGAAGGAAGUUCCAUAAACCAAUCACGAUGACGAUUCCCAUCCCCAAAGCCUCCAGUGAUGGGAUCAUGAAUGGUUACGGAGGCGACACACCUACUUUAAGGUUACUGUGCAGCAUAACAGGAGGAACCACCCCUGCCCAGUGGGAAGACAUCACAGGAACAACUCCACUGACAUUUGUCAAUGAAUGUGUUUCCUUCACAACAAAUGUGUCUGCCAGAUUUUGGCUGAUAGACUGUCGGCAAACACAAGAAUCUGUUACUUUUGCUUCCCAAGUGUACAGAGAGAUUAUCUGUGUCCCUUACAUGGCCAAAUUUGUGGUGUUUGCCAAAUCACAUGAUCCCAUUGAAGCACGGUUAAGAUGCUUUUGCAUGACAGAUGACAAGGUGGAUAAAACUCUAGAACAACAAGAAAACUUUGCUGAAGUUGCCAGAAGCAGGGAUGUAGAGGUAUUAGAGGGAAAACCCAUCUAUGUUGAUUGUUUUGGCAAUUUGGUGCCACUAACAAAGAGUGGACAACAUCAUAUAUUCAGUUUUUUUGCCUUCAAAGAAAACAGACUUCCUCUGUUUGUUAAGGUACGAGAUACCACUCAAGAACCCUGUGGAAGAUUAUCAUUCAUGAAGGAGCCAAAAUCUACAAGAGGCCUCGUUCAUCAAGCCAUAUGUAAUUUAAACAUCACUUUACCUGUUUACACAAAGGAAUCAGAAUCAGAUCAAGAACAGGAAGAAGAGGUUGAUAUGACUUCAGAAAAAAAUGACGAGACUGAAUCUACAGAAACAUCUAUCCUGAAAAGCCAUCUGGUUAAUGAAGUCCCUGUACUAGCCAGUCCAGACCUGUUGUCUGAAGUUUCUGAGAUGAAACAAGAUUUGAUCAAAAUGAGUGCCAUCCUGACAACUGACCCUUCUGAUAAAUCAGGCUCCAUUAAGGUGAAAGAUCUUGGAAAACCCACUGAGGAAGAGCCAGGAGAACCUUUUGAAAUAGUUGAAAGAGUGAAAGAAGACUUAGAAAAAGUAAAUGAAAUUCUGAGAGGUGGAUCCUAUACCAGAGAAGAACAUGUUUUGCAGAAGUCCCUUUCCAGACAAGAAUUUGUAGAAGAAGAAUGGGUCAUUCUCAGUGAUGAUGAAAUUGAAGAGGCCAGAAGAAAUGCUCCUUUAGAAGUCAUUGAACCUACCAGCAUAGAAGUCAGGACAGACAAAGGGACAACAGAAAUGAAGCCAGACAUGACAGGAAUGGUAGAUUACCUUACAGAGGAUUUAAAAAUGUACGUUUCUCUUCAUGAGGUGCAGCCACCAGCCUUACAAGAAGACUUAGUAGAAGAGAGAUUUGAAGCUGUAGUAAUAAGCAGGGAUUCUGAAAAAGAAGGACAAGAAUCUCCAAAAACUGAAACACUAAGUCCACAGGAGCAACAGAAGCCAGCCUUAGAAAUUAAAAAACCAGCUAGGAGGAAAUUAAGAGACAAGCAAAAGCAAAAGGAAGGCAAGGUGCACAGCAGUGAAGAACAACCAGGACUAACAAAGUUCAGUUCAGAUGAGUCACUCGAUGAGGAACCUGGCUUAACACCAACAGCUGCUCCUGAGGCUAGUGCUGUAUCCCCGGUCAUAGAGGAAACUCCUAUUGGCUCAAUAAAAGAUAAAGUUAAGGCCCUUCAGAAAAGAGUGGAAGAUGAACAAAAAAUACGUUCAAAACUACCUGUGAGAAUUCAGACAAGAGAAGGCACUGCUGAAAAGGCUUCUAGAAGACCAGGGCAAGUUAAAAAGCCAGUAGUGCACAAAGCACAGCCACCUGUUUCACCUUCUUCUAAGACAGAAAGACUUGAAGAGACCAUGUCAGUUCGUGAACUGAUGAAAGCCUUCCAAUCAGGUCAAGAUCCGUCCAAGAAUAUAUCCGGACUGUUCGAGCACAAAUCUGUCAAACAAAAGCAACAGCUCCCUGAGAAGGAACCAACACGGAGAAAAACAAUUUCUUCACAAAGUGAAACGAGGCGAGUAUUAAGCCACAAGACAGACAAACAGAAAGAGAAACAAAGCGGGAUACUAAAAGCAGAGAAAGAGCCACAAUCAAAAAAAGGAAGAAUGCAAACUUCUACUGCUAACAUUGACAAGCAAGCUGUAGGUAAAGAGCGGGUAAAAGAGCAGAGCUGUAAAACAACUGAACCUGUCUCUCCAGUAUUUGAUGAUGAAAGUUGCAAAGAUACAGCACUUGUGAAGGGAAGAGUUUCUGAUGACCAGGGAGAUACUGACUUCCAGAUCAGCCCUGACAGAAAAACCUCAACAGACUUUUCUGAUGUCAUUAAAGAAGAGCUUGAGGAUAAUGACAAAUAUCAACAGUUCCGACACCUUUCAAUCACAGAGGAGGGCGAGCUUCACUUAGAGCAAGUACUGACCAGUCCAUUCAGUGUUGCUUUCCCAACAGAGUAUGUGAAAGAUGGAUUCCUUCCUGCUCUUUCUCUGCAAAGUGCUGCUUUUGAUGGGAGCUCAGAGAGCCUUAAACAUGAAGGUGUUGCAGAUUCUCCGGGUAGCCUGCUUGAUGGAACCCCUCAGAUCAGCUCUGAGGAAAGUUAUAAGCAUGAGGGUCUGGCAGAGACUCCAGAAACGAGCCCUGAAAGCCUUUCCUUCUCACCAAAGAAAACUGAUGGGCAAAUUGAAGAAUCUAAAGGAGCAGCUAGAGCACACACAACAGCAGAAACAAGUUCUCUGAAGGAGCUCUCUCCAAAGGAAGAUGAAAAAGGUAUUACUGAAAAACAGCUAGUUGCUGUUACUGAGACUAGUAAGUCUCAUUCUGACCAUGUAUCAGAAGAGCUUGUACCUACAGCCUCUGGAGAAGAGGCUGAUAAACUUAAAGAAAGUAGCUCAGCUUCCAUUAUGAAAGAUAUUAGCAGGGAUAAAGAAUCCAGAACCACUGCACAUUUAACUAAGUCUUCAGAAACACAUGACACUGCUUUAGAGAAAGAAAAAGAUAUAACCUGUGAACGCCGUGUUGUUGUUAGAAGUCCCCAAAAAUUGGAACUUUCACUUGCUAGCCAUGAUAGUGAAAGCUUUAGCCCAGUUGCAGAUGACUCUUUGGCUGUAAGUCAUAAAGACUCACUGGAAGCAAGCCCAGUGCUAGAAGAUAACUCAUCACACAAAACGCCUGAUUCUUUGGAGCCCAGUCCUAUGAAAGAGUCUCCCUGCCGCGAUUCUCUUGAAAGUAGCCCUGUAGAACAAAAAGCGAAAGCUGGUAUUUUGGGGCAGGGUCCUCUUCAGUCUGUUCUUAGCAAAGCAGAAACCUGCCCAGAGCUGGCAUCGGUUCGUUCCCGGAUUCUCCGUGACCCUGAGGGAAGUGCUGAUGAUGACAGUCUAGAGCAAACAUCCCUCAUGGAGAGUUCAGGGAAAAGUCCUCUUUCACCUGAAACUCCUAGUUCUGAAGAAAUUAGCUAUGAAAUCACACCUAAAACAGCAGAUUCGCAGGCAUUGGCAAACAUACCAAAGUCAGCCAUGAUCCCUGAAGUCAGUGAAGAACCAGAGGAUGAUUCAGAAAGUGAGCCAAAGAAAAGAUUCACCCCAGAAGAGGAGAUGUUUAAAAUGGUGACCAAAAUCAAAACGUUUGAUGAACUAGAACAAGAAGCAAAGCAGAAGAGAGAUUACAAAAAGGAUUGUAAGCAAGAUGAGUCUUCUGUAGGUGCUGAUUCAGAAGCUGCAUGUGAAGUUGAAGAAUCAGAGUCAACAGCUGUAGAAGAAAAAGAAAUACCUACAGUGGUGAUGUCUGCAGCUGAAUCUAGAAAAAGUUCUUCCUCUUCAGCCAGUGAGCCAGAAUUGACUCAGCUAAAAAUAGAAGCUGACUCAGGCCUCUUAAUGGAGCCUGUGAUCCGAGUGCAGCCACCUUCACCAUUACCAUCCAGUAUUGAUUCCAGUUCUAGCCCUGAGGAAGCAGGUUUUCAACCCAUUGAUUCAAAACAAUGUUCUUUGCGGAUAGGUGAGGUUAAAACAGAACAGGAUAAGUCAAUAGAAGAGGACAAAGAGGAACCGCUUCUCCUUGGGGGCAGCUGUAAGGCUUCCACAAGAGAAUCAGGCACUUGUCAUUCUGAUGGCUGUAUAUCAGCAGAAGCUGAUGAAUCAAAAUGUGAUAGUACAGAUGACAGAGAGAGAGUUAGUCUCAAUGCCCCAGUCACACAAUUUGAGGGCACUUUGUGUCAUUCCAUUGGUGACAGUUCUGAAAAAGAAGUUCAUGUUGAGUCUUCACUAACACUACAGCAACAUGAUACUACUGAAAAAGAUGUCAAAACCACUGGAUUGUUAAAACACACAGACCUCACUGAUACAGGGUCUGUGUCAGAGGAAGUAGAUGAUCGUUCUUGUGGACACAGUACCUCUGAGUACUCUGUACCACAAGAUGGCAGACUGACUGAAGAUGGUACCACUGACCAUGCUGCUUUGGGAAGUGAUUUGGGAAAAGCAGAUACAGGUUUUGAAACAUCUCAAAGAGAUACUCAUACUGAGGAACCCUUAAGAGAGUAUUCAUCCCUUGCCACUGAAACAGUGCAACUUGAAAGUUGUGUAGUAGAUGCUGCUGAAAGUAGUGCUUCUCAUUUAGUAAGUCCUUAUGAAAAUGUCUCUUCUGAACAUUUUUUUACUGCUUCUGAAAAUCAGGUAGGGUGUGAUAGAAGUCUGCUAUCCAGGGAAGACUAUUCUACUGAAGGAGGAAAAGAUCACACUGGUGAAGCUUUGCUCAGCAGAGAUGCAGGCAGUGAAAGUCAGUCUUCAGGGGAAGUAUGUAUGGAAAUAGAGGCAAAACAAGAGGAUGUUUUUCAGAAAACGUCACUAGGGUCUUCAGCAUCAGAUUCCACAAAAUUAGCUGAAUCCUCCCAUAAGGAUGUAAGAGCUGAAACAGAGAAAUUGAUCAGUCCAGUUGUCAUCACCAAAACUGAUGUGGAUUCUGACAUGUGGAGUGAAAUACGUGAAGAUGAUGAAGCCUUUGAGGCUCGGGUGAAAGAGGAGGAACAAAAGAUAUUUGGGUUGAUGGUAGACAGGCGAUCGCAAGGCACAACACCUGAUACCACACCGGCCAGAACUCCCACAGAAGAAGGGACACCAAUUAGUGAACAAAAUCCUUUUCUUUUUCAGGAAGGAAAGCUGUUUGAAAUGACUCGAAGUGGAGCCAUUGACAUGACCAAAAGGAACUAUCCAGAUGAAAGCUUUCAAUUCUUCCAUAUGGGGCAACAGCCUCAGGAAGAAGUUCCUUUAUCUGAAGGAAUGAAAGAAGCAGCAGAGGUGGAAUCUUCUAAGCUGGAGAGUUCUCCAGAUCCAUUUUCACCUUCAGAAUUAGAGGACUCAGAUAUACAAGAAAAAGAUGCACUGGAACAUUCACCCCCAGCAUCUGAGUCUAGUGAUAAGUCAGAAGAAAUGACCAGUGUAGGUGUCAGCACAGGCACCACAAAAGCAGAGCUUAAAUCCAGAAUUCCAAUUAAAAUGGGUAUUUCAGCUUCUUCAAAAUCACCAAAGAAAGAGACUGCUGCCUCUGAAGCUGAGCCCCUCUCCAGAAUGGAGACUGAUAAGGUUGAUAGCAGUCAGGUGCCUUGCCCUACCUCUCCUGAGCAAUCUGUAGUAGAAGAUGAGUUAGAUUUCUCCAAAGUCACUAGAUUUGUUUGUUCUGAACAGGAUGAUGAGUCCCCUGACUCUUCUCCAGAGGAACAGAGAUCCGUGAUCGAAAUCCCUACUGCUCUUAUGGAGAGAGUGCCUUCUUGUGAAAGCAAAUCCAAAAUUCCUGUAAGAACAGCUGCUGCUGCAUCACAAUCAUUGCAACAAUUAGAAAAUGAGAGCCUUCCCACAGAUGGCUUCCUAGACAGUCUGCAGUGUGAAGCAAAGGAUGACCAAGCAAAACCAAAGUCUAAAAUUCCUGUCAAAGCAGCUUUCCAAAGAGCUGAACAAUAUACAUACCCAGACGCAUCUGUCCGCAAGCUAGAGUCACCCAAAGCUCUUGACAUGACAAGCAAACUACCUAUGAAACAGGAUACCCGAAGUAAAUCAGAGUCUGAUGCGAGUAUUCCUAUGGACCCAAAGACUAAGCGUUCAAUAAAAGCUAGGAGUUAUGCAGAGGCAGAAGCAGAGACCAGGGAGAGGGAGAGAGAGAUGAAGCUUGAGCUAGACUCAGAUGAGGCAACAACGGCAAGACCCAAGGUGUUUUCAUCACGGUUGCCAGUUAAAAGCAGGAGCACUACAGCUUCCCGCAGUGCUUCUAGUCCCACAAAAGAAAGUAAGGAACAUUUUUUUGACCUUUACAAAAACUCCAUAGAAUUCUUUGAAGAAAUUAGUGAUGAAGCUUCUAAGUUAGUGGAAAGACUCACGCAGUCAGAGAGAGAACAAGAAUUAGUCUCAGAUGAUGAAAGCAGUAGUGCCCUAGAAGUUUCAGUUAUUGAAAAUGUGCCAUCCAGUGAGACUCAGCAGUCAGUUCCUGAAGACAUCUUUGACACCAGACCCAUUUGGGAUGAGUCCGUAGAGACUCAGAUUGAACGUAUCCCUGAUGAAAAUGUCCAUGACCAUGCUGAAGAUCAACAGGAUGAUCAGGAAAGGACAGAGGAAAGACUGGCCCACGUUGCUGAUCAUCUUGGAUUCAGCUGGACAGAGUUAGCAAGAGAGCUGGAUUUCACAGAAGAGCAAAUUCACCAGAUCCGAAUUGAAAAUCCUAAUUCACUUCAAGACCAGAGCCAUGCACUUCUGAAAUACUGGCUUGAAAGGGAUGGGAAACAUGCAACAGAUACAAAUCUUACCCAGUGUCUUACAAAAAUCAACCGAAUGGAUAUCGUUCAUCUAAUGGAGACCAGCGGCAUAGACACCAUGCAGGUCCAUGGCACUCGCACAUAUGAGGAAAUUGAACAGACAAUAGGACUGGACCAUAGUGAAGGGUUUUCUGCAUUGCAAGAAGAACUGUACAGUCCAAGGCAUAAGAAAGAAGAAGAACAUAGACUAUCUAAAGACAGUGACCCAUCUGAACACCCUCCUAUUGUCUCUGAGGAAGAUGUUUCUGUCAGUUAUUCUCCUUUUCAGGACAGUACUCCCAGGAGUGAAGCAGAAGUACCAAUGGCUGAGCUCCUGAGGCAAGCACAUAAGGAGCAAGUACAAACUGAAUUCUCAGGGAAAUCCCAAAACAUAUCAGAAAAGCCAUCUGCUGCUUCACAACAUGAAUAUUGUGUCACAACUCCAGGAACAGAGCAGGCUACAGGACCAGUAACGGGAAAGGCAGCAGGUAGUGCAAGUGAAGAAUCGAAACAUGUCAGCGUGGCAAAGGAAGAGUAUGAAAAACCAUACCCACAGCCCCUGUCAUCUGCUCAGCGAGGCGACUCUCCCAUUGUCCAAGAGCCUGACGAGUCCCAGCUCCACCAGGAUGACCUCUCACCAAGGAGAACUAGUCUAGUCAUAGUGGAGUCAACUGAUGAACAGCCAGAAAAGUCUGGAAGCGGCUAUGAAGAGGAAUCUUUAGAAAAGGAAUUAGCAGAGGAAUUAGGUGAGCUGGAGACCAGCUCAGAUGAGGAAGAGAUGGUAACUACCAGGGUCGUUCGCCGCCGGGUGAUUAUUCAGGCUGAUAGCAUGCCUGAAAUACCACCAGAAUCAGUCACAGAAGAGCAAUAUACAGAUGAAUAUGGCCACAAAGUGGUAAAGAAGGUCACAAGAAAGAUCAUCCGGCGAUAUGUUUCUCCAGAUGGCAUAGAAAAAGAAGAAGUCGUAAUGCAAGGAACACCACAACAGUUGCCUGUUCAAGUUGAAGAAGGAGAUGGCUAUUCCAAAGUUGUAAAACGGGUUGUGCUGAAGAGCGACAGUGAACAGUCUGAGGUGACCUUGUCUGAACCGGCUGUUUUGUCUAGUGCCUCCAAAUUCCAGUCUGAACCAGUAGAAGGCCGCAAGGUCAGCAAAGUCAUAAAGACCACUGUAGUGCAAGGAGAGAGGACGGAGAAACACUUAGGGGAUGCAACCUUAGCUACUGAUCUUCCGUCAGCCAAAGAGGACUUUGAAGAGGACAACACUGAAUAAAGCCAGCACACAGAAGAGGACUGUGAUGAAGGACCGGUAUGGAAAGUAUGUUCACAUAGAAGAGCUGGAAGACACACCAGAAGCACUACCACAGGAUGACCUCCAACAUGACCUCCAGCAGCUUCUUAG